AUGCACAGGACACAGGGGCCCAGGGGCCUCUUCACCAGACCCUUCAAGCUCCAAGAAGACUAUUACAGGCCAGGAGACCUCCUUGUUGGCGGAGUUUUGCCCUACCUCAUUAACUGUCAUUGCAGCCCAGUGCCCAAAAACUAUCAGCACAUCCUGGCCCUGGUAUUUGCCAUCAGUGAGAUCAACAAGGAUCCGGCACUUCUCCCCAACGUCACGCUGGGUUUCCGCAUCUUCGAGGACACCUACUUCGCCAGUAUGACCUACCAAGUCAGCUUGUCAUUCCUCUCCGCACGGGGUCAAGUGGUUCCUAACUACAGAUGCAGCAGACAGGAAGAGCUGCUCUCCAUCAUUGGAAGUCUCUACUCCAGAAUCUCAAUCCAGAUGGCCAAUAUCCUGGACCUCUUCAAGAUCCCACAGCUGGGUUACAGUUCAUUCAACCCCAUUCUGAGGGAGAGAACUCUAUUCCCUUCCUUCUACCAAAUUGACCCCAGUGAAGUCCCACAGUAUUUGGGAUUAAUCCGCUUACUCCUUCAUUUCCACUGGAACUGGAUUGGGAUCAUUGCUCCUGAUGAUGACAGCGGGGAAAAUUUCAUCCAGGCCCUGACACCGAUGCUUGCCCAGAACGACAUCUGUGUCGAGUUCACAAAAAGGACCUUGUCAGAAAUCUCUGUGUUUCAUGCUCCUAUCACUGACUAUUUCCAUCUAGUUUCAGCACUUUUGCAGACAGAGGCCAAAGUGGUGGUUGUCUCUGGUGACUCAAACUCCAUACGGAAUUUAAUCAGACCCCUUUCUAGAUACAAACAAGAGACUAAAACGUCUCUUGAGAAGGUCUGGAUUGUGACGAGCCAGUGGGAAUUUGCCGCAAUGGGGUUUUUCUUUGAGUGGGGGGCUGUUCAGGCCUUCCACGGUGCUCUGUCCUUCAGAGGCCACACAAGUGAUGUGCCAGGAUUUCGCAGUUUUCUCCGGACUUUAGAUCCAUACAACCCCCAAGGAGAUGUCUUUAUCAGCAAGUGGUGGAAACUUGCAUUUUGGUGUUUGAUUCUGAAACCAAAUUUAACCCUUCCAUUGACUAUACCAUACUGUACAGGGAAGGAGAAUAUUGAGAACUUGACACCCGCUGUAUUCGAAAUGAGCCUGACUGGCAACAGUUACAAUAUCUACAAUGCCGUCUAUUCUGUAGCUCAUGCACUCCAUGCCAUGUACCCAUUUGGAUCAAAGCAUGCAAGGAUGGGAAACGCCAAGAGGCUUCUGGAUAUCCAGCCAUGGCAGAUUCAUGCCUCUUUGAGGAACAUCCGAUUCAACAACAGUGCAGGAGAGGAAGUUGUUUUUGCUGAAAGUUGCAAGAGAUCCACUGGCUACGAUAUUCUGAACUUGAUCUUCUUCCCAAAUCAAUCUUCAGCUCAAGUGAAAGUUGGAAGGAUGGAUCCUAGAGCUCUCCCAAGCCAAGAUUUCAUCAUUAACACAGAUGCGAUUGUUUGGACUACCCAGAAGCUGCCCUCUUCCAGGUGUGUGGAGAGCUGCUUGCCGGGUUACAGCAGGACAGUUCAAGAAGGGGUGCCCGUUUGCUGUUAUGAAUGUUUCCGUUGUGCGGAAGGGGCCAUUUCUAACUACACAGAUGCUGAUCGCUGUGUCCCAUGCCCAGAAGAUCAAUACCCAAACAAGAACCAAGAUGGAUGUAUCUCCAAGGCCAUACAUUUCCUUUCCUAUCAAGAGAUUUGGGGGGUUGUUUUGGCUUCUCUUGCUCUUUUGCUGUUUCUCAUCACAUCAGUAGUUCUGGCAACGAUCAUUAAACAUCGGGACACGCCGAUUGUCAAAGCCAACAACCGAAAGCUAACAUAUGUCCUCCUCAACUCUCUCCUGUUUGGUUUCCUCUGCUCCUUCCUAUUCAUCGGUCAACCCAAGAAGGCCACCUGCCUUCUCCGACAAACUGCCUUCAGCAUAAUUUUUUCUGUUGCCGUUUCUUCCAUCUUGGCAAAAACUGUCACAGUUGUUCUGGCCUUCAUGGCCACUAAGCCAGGAAACGCAAUGAGGGAAAUGUUGAGGAGUCAAUGGGUAAAUUCCAUUGCGCUGGUUUGUCCCCUCAUACAAGUCACCAUCUGUUCAAUUUGGUUGGGAACCUAUCCCCCAUUCCCCAGCUUGGAUUUCCAUUCAUUGGUGAAAGAGAUCAUAGUGGAAUGUAAUGAAGGGUCAGUUACUAUGUUUUACAUUGUCCUGGGUUAUAUGGGUUUUCUGGCUGUUAUCAGCUUCAUUGUAGCUUUUCUAGCUAGGAAGCUGCCUGAUAGCUUCAAUGAAGCCAAAUUAAUCACCUUCAGCAUGCUGAUGUUCUGCAGCGUGUGGGUCUCUUUUGUGCCCACCUAUCUGAGCACUAAAGGGAAGUCCAUGGUGGCUGUGGAGGUCUUCUCCAUCCUGGCCUCUGGAGCUGGUCUCCUGGGUUGCAUCUUUCUCCCCAAGUGCUAUAUUAUUGUUCUGAGACCUGAUCUCAAUAGUAGAGACCAUCUUAUAAGGAACAAAAAAAGGACCUAA